ACCGGCUGCUCGGGCUGGAGGUGCUGUUGUAGUAUUUAAUUUAAUUUAUUCCAUUCAAAAACCUGGAAAAAACACACAAAGAAGAAGUGAAACGUGUAUGUGCAUUCAAAGUCUUUUUUCGAUAAGGACAAAAGGAAGAAGAAUCAAGCCGCUCUUCAUGUGUUUUGUUUGCAUGUUUUUUUUUUCAAACAUUUACCUUCUCCAGAAGAAAAGAAAAUGUUACACAAACAGUGUCAGUUUAUCGAAUAAAUUAGUUUACGGUUGUUCUUGUUGUUAAAAGUAUUUUCCGUUGGUGUGCUAGGGAACUAGGGAAUCGAACGAGACAAACGAAAAUAAAUUGGUUCAAAUGAAUGGCUUAAAUUACGACGGAAUGGGAUACGACGAGUAUUACGAUGAGCAUCCCUACGAUCCGGACGAUAUGUUCUACGAUGAAUUGGAGGUGCAACCGCAAACGGUGCGCGAUACAUGGACCUACUGCAUUCAGCCAUCGAUUGCACAAAUUUCGUCCUAUGUGGCCACAUUCCUGAUUUGGAACUUUAUUUUUCGCAUAACAACAACAUUUCUACCGGUACCUGUCAAUGUGAAACAUUUCUUUUCAAUUACAUGCGGAGGAGCUAUCUUGUACCUAACAAUGGGCGUUGGAUCGUGUUACGUUUUCGUUCUAGCACUGACAAUCUAUAGUAUUCUGAUUGGCGUUCAAAAGUUGUUGAGGCAGCAUUACGGUUACGUUGUAGCUGCCUUCACCAUAAUUUACUUGGUCAUUGGAGAAUUGUCACAAAUCAACGCUGAACAAUGGCAUAAAUUGCGAGGCGCUCAAAUGGUAAUGGUGAUGAAGGGUAUUUCGAUUGGCUUCGAUGUGGAUUCCAAGAAAAUAUCCCAACUCCCAAACUUCCUGGAAAGCAUUGGCUAUCUGUUAUGUCCAUCGAAUUCUUCGCUUGGCCCAUGGAUACCGUACAGUGAGUACGUGGAAAUAUUUAAGAAGAAUCGAAGGAACUCGAAUUUUCAUUGGGCAUACUGGAUUUUUGUCAACGUUCUGAUAUCAGUCAUUUGUGUGCUAUGCUCAAAUUGCUUGAUCGCGUAUUUCAUUGCCGACAGUUCAUGGAAAUGGAUAACAGCGUACCGGGAUGCGAUGUCGUACCGAUUCAGUCAUUAUUUCGUCACAUUCCUAUCACAAUCGAUGAUGCUGAUGGGUGGUUACCAAGAGGAACAGAACAAAGUCCUGGGCUACACGAUAACGAAACCUUGGCAGAUUGAAGUUCCACGUUCACUCGUUGGUGUAGUGGUUGUGUGGAACAUUUCGAUGCACAGAUGGUUGAAGGCUUAUGUGUUCCGUACGUUACGGAAAUACGGUGCAUUUAAGGCCAUUCUCUCCACAUAUGUUAUUUCUACUCUAUUGCAUGGUCUCAGUUUUCCCAUUGCUGCCGUUUUAUUGACGCUCGGCAUCGCUACUUAUGUGGAGUACAGACUGCGGAAGUCGUUUGCAACAGUUUUCGAUGCUUGCUUAUUAGCCAAUUCUUGCAAUCAAAACUGCAAUCACCGUCACAAAUGGCGUCAUCCUGCUGUUCUGACUGCUAACGUGUUCUUUGGCAUUUUAGCCAUGGUACAUUUGACCUAUUUGGGUGUUAUGUUUGAUGCAUUUGCGCAUGCAGACGAAAAUGGAUUUUCGUACCAAGAUACGUUGGACAAAUGGAGUUCGUUGUAUUUUCUGGGCCAUUGGUUGAUAUUCGCUUUCUACAUUUUGUAUUAUUUUAUCGAAAACUAAGAUCUGGACCUGAUAUAUGAACUACUAUGUGCGUCAUAGGCACAAACUGUGAUAAAAUGUAUUUUUUUACGUGAAAUAAACUUUGGUCAAUCUUA